UAACCCACGUUGACCUGGCUAAUCCCGGUUCCGCUUGGGGGGAAACUUCAGUACAGCCUUCUGUCCCAGGAGGACAACCCGCCGUCCUCAACGUGCUCGGGGUAAAACCGUUACUUUUUCAAGGUUAAAAGAACAUGACUGAAAAGCUGGAACAUGAUGUCACAAACACCGCUUUUUUGUCAUUAGUGGAAUUGUCAAGAAAUUGGCUGCUGGCUAAAUUGGGAGUCAUUAUUUUUCUGGGAAGGAGCCGGGUUAUUUUGAUGAGCAGGAAAAGGGAGAGAAUCGCAGUGAUACCCUGGGGUCGGGGGCGGUGUGCAGAGGCUGGGAGUAACAGGUGGCACUUGGCAAGAAGUACACCACAUCGGGCACCGUACGGAGCUCUCCGUUGCGAUAAUCGGGAAUCGUGGAUCUUCACAGCCCUGCGCGCUCCCCCCUUCUCUGGAAGGAAGGCCGGUUCCCGGGACUUCUGCUCUGACGUCUGGAAGCCCGUGACAGUGCCUUCCCCCAGUGCCUUGCUCGUAGACAAUCCCACACCGUUUGGGAAUGCAAAGGAAGUGAUCGCAAUCAAGGACUACCACCCAGCCAACUUCACCACCCUCAAGUUCUCCAAGGGCGACCACCUCUACGUCCUAGACGCGUCCGGCGGGGAGUGGUGGUACGCCCACAGCACCACGGAGAUGGGCUACAUCCCGUCCUCCUACGUGCAGCCCUUGAACUACCGGGACUCCACCCUGAGCGACAGCGGGGUGAUCGACCAUCUUCCAGACAGCCCAGACGAGGUGGCCAAGGAGUUAGACCUGCUCGGGGGGUGGACGGAGGACAAGGGACCGAGCAAGACCUACAGCAAUAACCCCUUCUGGAACGGGGCCCAGACAAACCCAUUUCUGAACGGAAACGCGCCGGCGAUGCCCAGCUUGGACGAGCUGACCCCCAGAAGCACCGUGGAUUUGCUCCUUUUUGAUACGGGCACGUCUUCGUUCACCGAAUCCAGCUCCGCGACCACCAACAGCGUCGGCAACAUCUUUGACGAGCUGCCGGCCGCAGGCCGCCUCCAGGCCGAGGCGCCGGGCAAGCGGGACAACCCCUUCUUCAGAAGCAAGCGCUCCUACAGCCUGUCGGAGCUCUCCGUCCUCCAGGCCAAGUCCGACGCCCCCGACUCCUCGGGCUUCUUCACGGGCCUGAAAUCCCCGGCCCCGGAGCAGUUCCAGAGCCGGGAGGACUUCCGUGCCGCCUGGCUGAGCCACCGGAAGCUGGCCCGGUCUUGCCACGAUCUGGACCUGCUGGGCCAGAGCCCCGGGUGGGGCCAGACCCAGGCGGUGGAGACGAGCAUCGCGUGCAAGCUGGACAGCUCCGGGGGCGCCGUGCAGCUGCCCGACAGCGGCAUCAGCAUCCACGUGCCCGAGGGCCACGUGGCCCCAGGGGAGACGCAGCAGAUCUCCAUGAAAGCCCUGCUGGACCCCCCGUUGGAGCUCAACAGCGACAGGUGCAGCAGCGUCAGCCCGGUGCUGGAGGUGAAGGUGAGCACCCUGGAGGUGAAAACCUUCAUCAUCGUGGAGAUGAAAGUGUCGGCCGAGGUGAAAAACGACAUCUUUAGCAAAAGCACGGUGGGUCUCCAGUGCCUGAGGAGUGACUUGAAGGAGGGGCCCUAUGUCCCCAUCCCACUCACCUACAGCUAUGGGGACACGGUCCAGAUGCAGCUGGACAACCUAGAGCCCUGUAUGUACCUGGCCGUUGUGGCCCACGGCCCCAACAUUCUCUACCCUUCCACGGUGUGGGACUUCAUCCACAAGAAGAUCACCGUGGGCCUCUAUGGGCCCAAACACAUUCACCCAUCCUUCAAGACCGUGGUGACCAUUUUUGGGCACGACUGUGCCCCGAAGACGCUGCUGGUCAGCGAGGUCACCCGCCAGGCCCCCAGCCCUGCCCCCGUGGCCCUGCAGCUCUGGGGUAAGCACCAGUUCGUCUUGUCCAGGCCCCAGGAUCUCCACGUCUGCAUGUUUUCCAACAUGACCAACUACGAGGUCAAGGCCAGCGAGCAGGCCAAGGUGGUGAGGGGGUUCCAGAUGAAGCUGGGCAAGGUGAGCCGCCUCAUCUUCCCCAUCACCUGCCAGAACCCCGGCGAGCUGUCCGACUUCACCCUGCGGGUUCAGGUGAAGGGCGACCAGGAGGCCAUCCUGACGCAGUUUUGCGUGCAGACUCCCCAGCCGCCCCCCAAAAGUGCCAUCAAGCCCUCCGGGCAAAGGCGGUUUCUCAAGAAGAACGAGGUCGGGAAAAUCAUCCUGUCCCCGUUUGCUGCCACCACCAAAUACCCGACUUUUCAGGACCGCCCCGUGUCCAGCCUCAAGUUCGGCAAGCUGCUCAAGACCGUGGUGCGGCAGAGCAAGAACCACUACCUGCUGGAGUACAAGAAGGGGGACAGCGUCGCGCUGCUCAGCGAGGAGAAGAUCCGGCUGAAGGGGCAGCUGUGGACCAAGGAGUGGUACAUCGGCUACCACCAGGGCAAGGUCGGCCUCGUGCACGCCAAGAACGUGCUGGUGGUGGGCAGGGCCAGGCCGAGCCUCCUCUCGGGGCCCGAGCUGAGCACCUCGGUGCUGCUGGAGCAGAUCCUGCGACCCUGUAAGUUCCUCACCUACAUCUACGCCUCGGUCAGGACCUUGCUCAUGGAGAACGUCAGCAGCUGGCGCUCCUUCGCCGAUGCCUUGGGCUACGGCAACCUGCCGCUCACCUUUUUCUGCCGGGCCGAGCUGGACAGUGAGCCCGAGCGGGUGGCGUCCGUUCUGGAAAAGCUCAAGGAGGAUUGUAACAACACGGAGAACAAAGAGCGAAAGUCCUUCCAGAAGGAGCUCAUGAUGUGGCCUCGUUUACUCGUGUUCCGGUUUCUUCUUAUUGUCCGCAUCGGAAAUAAACGCCGCGAUCGAAAGGACCUUGGCCCCCGGGACACAGUCCGCUGCUUGAGGAAAUGCACGAGUGAAUGAGAGCAGACCCCGGCCCGGGCUGAGAACCUGAAGGGGUGCCGCCCACGCGGCCAGCCCGCGCCCUGGCCCCGCUUCUUUGAUUCCGUGUCCUUGAUGUUGCUUCAGUGCGGGUUUUCGAUAUCAGGGCUCCUCCGAGGGCCGUCUUGCACAACCACGUGGGCUCCUUGGUGCGCCUGCCUCCGUCUGCCCUUUCUCACCCACGCGGUGCGUGACCACCGUCAGAGAACGCCCCGUCUGUCCCCGGCUCACCGAGCUCUGCAGGAGAAGCCGGGACGGCCCGUGACAGAGGACGGCCAGCCCGUCGACGGCCCACCCCGGACCUUAUUGAACGUGGUGGUGAGGGGCACUGCCGGGCUGCUGUCGGGAAGGGGCGUGACUGGCCCUGACCGAGGAGGGUAGGCCGGGCGGACAGAGGCCCCGGGGCCCAGAAUGAAAGAGCCGCCACAGAGCGUUGGUACUCGAUAUUCACGAAGCGUGUCUUUGCCGCCUCCUGUGUGCUUAGGGGCGAUGCUGGGUGCUGGGCUUCCCAAGAACACGGGUCUUUGACUUGAAGAAGGCACGGAGUGAAGAGUCACAGCGCAGGACUUACUUGUCUCGAGCCCCGAAGAGAAGGGCCCCCCGGCGGAUCAGGGAACGGCGAACAGGGUUGGGGCAGGGUGGAUCCUGAUACGGGCAGGAAGCACGGAAGCCCACCUGAUGAGGGAGGGGCUGUCAGGUUGGGGGUACCGCGCGGGCAAGGACCGGGGUGCGCGAGGGCAUACACAGAUGGGGUCCGAUCAGAGGCUGGGGUGAUAGAGGAUGGUGAUAUGUGGGGUGUGGAGCCCCCUGUACCAGAUAAUGCUUGUGCUUUAUUCUGUAGGCAUUGGGGGGGGGUACGUGUUUUAGGGGAGGAGAAGGGGAGUCAGGCUGGAUCCAGAUGUGUCCCUGGACCCUGGAUUCCAGGUGCGUCCCUGCUCCUUGCCACGUCUCCCAGUCUCCGAGCCACCCAGAGGCGGCGGUCGGUGGAGAGCCCCAACCCUGAGUGUCCUUCCUUCCGAUGAUCAGGACGCCUGGGGGUGGGGGACCUAAUUUUCGUAGUCCUCUCCAGGUAGAUUUGUGUGAAGGAAACAAAUGAGUAAUUCUGACACGGAUUCCCCGGGCCACGCCCCCUCCGGCUGGUUUCCACGCCUGGCUGUCCACAGCCGCAGGGCGCGCCCCGCAGCCAGGCCUGUGGUGGCUGGUCUGCCGCGUUCUCCCUCCUCCUCUGGCGGGUAGCCGUCGGGUGGCUGGUGGGUCCCAGGGCCUGCGGUCACUCUCUCACUGCGUCGCUGGUGACAGGCUCUGUCUUCCUGCACAUCAGUGUCGACCUUCAGAGCGCGAGGGGUCUUUGAGUUUGCAUAACUUCCUUGACUCACCCCAGGUGUUGUUUUUUCCUGAAUGAAAACAGUCCUCACUGAUUUUUGUUUGUCUGUAAACACAGCCUGUGUUUCUUUUUUGCACCGAAAUUUUACACGCGUGAAGGACAGAAGCAGAAGGCGGAGGGGUCCCCGGCCCCAUCGCCCGUCGUUAACCUCUUUGAGCGGUUUGGGGCGUAGAUGCUGUGGCUGUUUAUAAAUUCCGUGGGGUUGGCCGAGGGGCUGUCCCCUCCUCUGCGGUGCCCGGUGGAGAGCGUGCGGGCAGCCCUGGGCGCGUGCCUGCUGCUUCCCAGGUCUGCGGAAGGGCCGGGUGCUGGUGCCUCCUUGUCCGUGUGUCUCUGCACGCCUGUCCACACUGAGAUGUCCCAGGGGCUCUGCACGCCUGUCCACGGAUGUUCCAGGACACUAAGCCGUGGGCCCUUCCCGAGCUCGAGAAGCCAUCCGUCGGCGACUUCGCGAGUGUCACUGGGGGGGGGGGGCACAGCUGUGAGUGGCAGGGGCUGUUACCGUGGUGGCUGACCGCACGGUGUGUACCCCUCCUCAGUUUCAUCGACUUUGGGCUCCGUGUCGGGAUUCUUGCUCCCUGGGGGGACAAACCACGGCCUGUUCUUUGCCGUCGGCACGUUGAGGUUCUCUACCGCUGCUUUCUGGUCCACUUUGUGCAAAACACGUAUCUGAGUGUGUUUGUACCGGGAACUGUGACGACGCUGAAGGAGAGGGCUUGGCUCAAGCGGUGGCCCUGAGUAGAUCUGGGGGGCCGAGUGUGUGCGUGGAAGGUGGCACACGGAACCCCGAGGUUUUCGUUCCGCGACAUGCUUCCGAUAGGAGAAGUUAUGUCUCGUGUCCGGGAAUCCCUCGCAAACAAGACACAGGAUCUGUCCUCAUGGCGGGGAGGGAAGGGCCGUCGGGGACAGGGGCAGGCCUCCCUGGAGGGACCGAGGCCAGCGCUCAGAGCUGGUUGCUGGAGCCGCCAGGGUGGCCGGGGGUCACUGGUGGCGGCUAUGGCUGGGGUCGUUUGAGUCCGGGUGUGGGCUCUUUGGAGAAGGUUCUCUGAGAAGAGAAACUUACUCUAGGAUACAAAUCGAGGGAGGGGCGGCUGUUUCCAGGAGUGAGGUGGGGUGGGAUAAACCCCCAGAGCCUUGGACGCUGAUGGAAGUCACGGGGAAAAUCGCGAGGUGGGGGCAGACGGGGGCUGGACGGGAUGGCGUGCAGCGAUUCUCUACGAAUCGGCAGAAGAGCCUCCUUAUCGCCCCAAACAGGAGGCAGGUAGCGAACCAGUGUGCAUGCAUUUAGGCAGGUUCCCGGAGCUCCUGCGCCCCCAAAGCAGGGGCUCCCCUGCCCGCCGCUCGUGGGGGAGUGCGGCCCUUCUGGUGUUUGCACAUCUCGGGAAUAGAAGCACGCGCGGGAUUCGCAUACAGCAAAACCAAAAUGACACUUCAUUAUGUGUUCCUAAGAGUGUCUCCCAAAACAGCGCUUGGCAGACUGGCUCCUGUGAAGGAAGUCGCGCUGGACCGAGCUGUGCCCGGCGGUUCCCACACGUGUCUGCUGCUUUCCCUCCAUGCCGGUGGGUUCGGGUGGCUGUGGCAGAGACCGCGUGGCCCUCAGAGCCACGUGUGGCCCUCUGUCCACCAGGUUUGGCCACCUGGCUGAAAUUCGAGUUCGCUCUGAGAUUGCAGCCGGAAUCAGCAUCGUUUUGAAUGGGGUUUUCUGGGAUGACGUGUGUGUGUGUGUGUGUGUGUGUGUGUGUGUG